AUGAAUGGUGUGGUUUUGCGGGGAAUUCGUUCGUUGCGCUUGCGCUUACCGCCGUUGCAUAACCGCUGCGCAGACGACGUCGAUGGCGUUCGAUCAUGCGCAAUUACCAGUUGGUCGAUCGCAGCCGAACAGGACAUGAUUGCUGAUAAGCUGAUAGAGACGAACGGUAUCGAUGUGACAGGCAUAUAUGUACAGAUCCAGGGACGCAUUCGCAUUUGUUCGUUGACAAAAGCCAACAGCGAUUGA